UCGUGCGCACAACAUGACAGAAGCUACGCAGCUACCCUAAAACUAGCGUUGUAAAUUUAAUUGGCUUGUAGUUAGCUGAUGUUAGAUUAAAAUUGCUAAAUAUGUUAACGUCCGUCGCCUGUUUGUGUGCGCGAAACGGCAGGAAAGUCUCGGCCCCUGUAGCUAAAUUGUCCCUGUUUUCAACGGUUAAAAACUCAAACGGGACCCUGAAUCUGACACAAGAUGUGUCACGAUAUCGGCCCUCCGGGCUCGUCCUCACACCGACUCCCUGGCAGCUGCUAUCCGCCAGAUCUGUGUCCCUAUCGGCUGCUUCCCAUGGGGGUGCAGACCCUCUGGACUCCCCUUCAGCCCCAGCUGGAAACAACCCACCAGACCGGGAGAACUUCGGUUCCUUUUCCACCGACAUGUCCUCCAGGAGGACAUUCAGGAAAACCAGCCCAUACAUCCAGGACCUGCGGCACCGAGACGAGGAUGAGGACCCAGUGAAACCCCGCAAGAGGCCCGGGAGGAGCAACACACCGUACUGGUACUUCUUACAGUGCAAGAAGCUGAUCAAAGACAACAAGCUGCAGGAGGCUUUGGACGUGUUCACCAGAGACAUGCUGGAGGGAGAGAGGCUGCAGCCGGAGGAGUACAACUUCACUGUGCUGAUCGGAGGCUGUGGUCGAGCUGGACAACUGAAGAAGGCCUUCAGACUCUACAAUGAUAUGAAGAAGCGAGGUCUAGAGGCCACAGAUGCCACCUACACCGCGCUGUUCAAUGCCUGCGCCGAGUCGCCAUCCAAACAAGCCGGUCUCCAGCAAGCGUUGAAGUUGGAGCAAGAGCUCCGUCGCAAAAACUACCCACUCAGCACCAUCACGUACCACGCCCUCCUCAAGACGCACGCCAUCACCAACCACCUGCAGGCCUGUAUUCACACGCUCAGGGAGAUGCUGCAGAACGGCCAUGCUGUAACACAGGAGACGUUUCACUACCUGCUGAUGGGCUGUUUGAAGGACAAACAAACUGGAUUCAGACUGGCUUUACAGGUGUGGCGCCAGAUGCUGAGGUCCGGGAUUCAUCCAGACUCAAAGAACUAUAACCUGCUCUUGCGAACUGCCAGAGAUUGUGGGAUUGGCGAUCCCGCCCUGGCCAGUGGCGUGCUGCUGAGGCCCGACCGGAAGUACGAGAGGGAACGUGUGUCCCGUGUAAAGUCAGAGUCUGGACGCAAAGAUGUAAUAGACGUUGACCUCCUGGAGAGGCAGUUGUUUAUCCAACCUGACCCACACAAUGACAGUCAGCGGGACAGCAGAGGCAGUGAGGAGGAGUCCCCCAUUAAAGACUCAGCCCAUUUGGUGCCAGUCAGACAAAUAGAAACCGCCUCACUGCCCGUUGACGUGGCAGGUGAUUCUACAGCCCCUAACCUGCUGGACCUUUUUGAGGGUAAGAGGGGGGGUGUGGUCUCCCUCGGCACCGUGGAUGGAGCGUCAGAUAGGCUCGCCCUCAUCGGAGGAGCUGGAGGAUUCCUGGAGAAGAUGGCAGCUAACGGACUCAGUCCGGACAUCAAAACGGUGACCCUGCUGGCCGACACGAUGGAGCCGGGAUACCAGUCUCUGCAGACGUUGCUGAAGGUUUCCAAGCUGCACAAAGUGAAGCUAGACGUUGCGUUCUUCAACACUGCGAUUCGCAGAGCAGCCAGAGCGGGUGACCUGGAGGAGGCAAAGGCUGUGUUGAGCGUGAUGCGACAGCGCCACGUGAACGUGGACGUGCAGACAUUUGGAAGUCUGGCGUUGGGCUGUGAGCGGCAGCAGGACGGGCUGCAGCUGCUGAAAGACAUGGAGGAGGCGGGACUUAGGCCUAACGUCAAGGUGUUCUCUGCUCUGAUUGGCCGAGCAACUCGAAGACUGGAUUUUGUUUACCUAAAAACAAUGCUGAAAAGCAUGAGCACCAUGAGUGUGUGGCCUAAUGAGGUCAUCAUCAGACAGCUGGAGUUUGCCUCACAGUACCCUCCCAACUAUAACCAGUACAAGUCCAGAAACAACUACCUGCUCCAAAUCGAUGGGUUCCGUGGUUUCUACCAGCAGUGGCUGAAAGACAUGCCGGCUCAAAGCGCUGAGGACGAUCAGGCGGAGCUGCAGUCUGAGACGGACACUGAAGAGCUGAACACAGAAGCUGCAGAUGGACUCACAGCGACCCAAAGAAACCAGAGAGCAGCAGCGAGGAGAUACAAGCCUCACAACAAGGACAAGAGAAGCAGCUCUGCUCUCUAACAGCACUCCUUCCUCUCUCUACUUGAUCCUCUGUUGGUCUGUUUGCAUUCAGCUGUGUAACUCUGGAUGGACUUCAGAUCAGGGUAGUAGCUCGUGGACCUUCCUUCAGUUAACUUAUUGCAGAUGCAUUUUUCUCUACAGAUCGAAAUUAAUGUAAUUUAUAUUGCAAUUAAAGUAAAAAUUCAAGUUUGAAACCCAAAUCUCGACUUAGUUUUCUAUUGUGAUGUGUUUUAUUUUGAAACCACAAUUUUAGGGUAAUUUGCUGAGUAAUCGAUGGACUUGACUGAUCAUUUGCAAUUAGUGUAAAAAUGCACAAUCGCAUGCAAGAUGCACAUUGUGUGCUGGUCUUUAUUUAUAUUUGAAUCCA